AUAUAUACAGUAUAUAUAUAUAAUAUACACACACACACACUAGGGGGUCUGUGUAUAUAUAAACAGUCUGUGUUUGCAUACCUGCUAGAGAGUUACUAGGGAAAGAAUGUCAAACUUGUUGAUCAGUUGACUAAUGUCUUUAAGGAAAACUAAUCCAACCAGCUUUGUGUAAUGAAUUCUUCUGCAUAUUUGCUCACAGCUAUGUAGACCCUUGUUUUUCUUUUUGCUUUUAUUUAUUAUUGUAUCUUUGACAAAACUAUAAUUAUGUGUUUUCACUCAAGGCAUAAACGUGUAGUCUUGUUUAUCAAUAAAUACAACAGUGAUGCCAUAUUUGUAUAUAUAAUAGGGGUUCUAUGUAGGAUUGCCCAGUAUUGGCACUUGUGGAAUGUUUUGGGUUGCACUGCUUUCUGCGAUCUUACACCGCCAUUUUAGAUUAUCGUUAAAUCCCCUCUCCCCCAUAAUUCAAUGUCAAGUUUAUACGGCUUUGUCAGAGGUCACUUUAAGCUUACAUUGUAUUGAUUUGCUGACAAAAUGAAAGUGAUUGUUUUUUGUUAUGUCAAUGUCUAUAAAUUUGGAUCUUGGAGAGCUUCUUUGCUGUUGAUCCUGUCCUUGUUUUGCUGAAAAUCCUUGUAUAAUUAAACCUGGUGAUUUUCUGUUGUGAAUAAAUUGAGUAUUCAGUGGUAAUGGAAAAGAGUCCAAACAUUUUUCCAGUAAACUAAAGAAAAUCAGCUUUUCUUGAACUGCACCUAAUUGGCAAUAUAGAAAAAGUGAUACUUUGCUGCAGGGGUCAAAAAUGGCCAUGAAGAAUUGGCUAUAUUGUCACAUUCCAAAACUGACUUAAAUAGUCAGUGGUUGACCCUCAGGAGCAGUCAUGGCAUUGGGCGGUGUGGGUUGGCUGUAUGCUACCAGGUUCUUCUGGAGCCUGUCAAAUCCACCACCGUCAAUAACAUAACCAACAGAUGAGCCAGAUAAAAGAGAAUACACACACAUAGCAAGGUGUAGGUACCAAAGUGUAACAGUGCUUUUACUAAUACCCAACAAUCAAAAUCACGGGUCCAAAUGAUUCAGAGUUUAGAUAUUCCAUAAAUAAAUAGUCCAUAAAACAAAGUGCUGUGGAGGUUAAAAAAAAAAAAAUAAAUGAUCCCUUAAAACUAGGUUAAAAUCCUAGGUAAAAGUCUACUCUUUAAAAUUCAGUCCCCCGUUAACAUGACCUUCUCCCUGGCUUACCCAGCUCAGGUUUUGAGGCACUGAGAGACAUCAAACCAACAGGUGUAGCCAACCUCCUUCCACAGGUCUGGGUCCCUGCUGUUCCAUGGCUUCCAGCAUGGCUGCCAUCUGAACCCUGGUUUGGGUCCCUACUAUCCAUGGCUCCAAUAGGGCUCCUCAUCUGAGCCUCGCCACCUCCUUCCCAGACUUGGACGGCGAUUUGCACCAUCCAGCACUGUAUCACUCCAUUACCCUCAACUGCCCAGCCAGAGUGAUCCACUUCAGCAGCCUUGAGGCUACUUAUAGCUUCCUGCUUCAUCUUUCUCACUCACUCAUUCACUCUUGCACUGUCACUCUCCUGUCUUCCUGCCUGCUUCUCUCUCCCAUCUUUUUAAUCUCCCAUUCUCUUUUCUUUUUCCUUUUGUUUCUCCCUUUUUAUCUUCCACUGCAGGCACAGUGCCUCGAUCGUGAACUGCGGAAAGCCAAUGAAGCAAUUAAGACAGAACACAACAUCACAUGCAGGUGUGCUCUUUCUCAAUCACCCCAACAAUCUCUUGGAGCCAUGCAAGCAUGCACAACCACUGAGAUCAAGCUGGCUGUUUUAAAUAUUUAUUUAAAAACGGACUUUUGCCACUUAGUCAUGGACCCACUAUUCCACAUGGCAACUCAUGUAAUUAUUUUACUUGAAGUAAUAGCAGUAGAAUUUCAGUGAGUUGUUCUUUUUGCUGUCAGGAUCUUCAGGCAUCUCCUUAAUCUAUGCUCAGAAAGUGAGUAUUUAUAUUGCUGAAUUCUGUGUAAGAUUGUGUUGUGUCGUUAUUUAUUCACAGGAAGCAGGUCUCUUCUUGCAAGUUUGCUAGCAAUUCCAGGUCAACCUUUGUGUGCCCCAGGAAGUGAAGACAAAUUGCACAAUAUUUCAGUAGUAGCCUGGAGAACAGCGAAUGGAUAAAUCUACCUGUGAGGCUAUUUCCAGGUGGCUUUUAUAUGUGGCCUCCAGAUGACUUGUGCUGGAAUGGAUCAGAACACACAAUUGAAUUACCAUGGUAAUUUUUUUACCCGCGCAGUUGGAAAAGACGAUGAGAGUUAAUCAUGUAGCUCAGAGGGUUCCAGACUCAGAACUGCUUAUCCCAAAGAAGAUGAGUAAAGGGACUACUCUUUUCUCCUGUGGCCUUAUGGAAAGUGAGGCAUGGGGAGAGCUGAGUCGAAGGUGUCCCUUCCAGUCAGAGCCACCAGGGGCCAGCCUGGAUUCUUUGUGGGAUGCCAUGCCAGUCACCUGUCAGGAGGGUUCAGCAUGGUCACGGGAGACUGGUCCAUGCUCAUUAUCCAGCUUAAUCCAGGACCUGAGCUUGAGUGAUGCUAAGGGGAGCCAGACAACUGCACCGCCUAGUAAGCGGCAGUGCCGUUCACUUUCCCUCUCUGAAGAACUGAAUUCCUGUCGCACAAUAUGGCGGCCAAUAGGCUCACGCAUCUGGACUCCUGUGGAGAAGCGCCGUUGCCAUAGUGGUGGUAGUGUACAACGCUGCUCUAAUGGCUUCUCAGGCAUCACUAUGCAGCGAAGUUCCAGCUUUAGCCUACCUGCACGCUCCAACACUUUCCCUGGCACUUUUCCUCGUGUGUGUGACCAGGUCUGCAUCCCACAAGACUUUGGGAGCCAGACUUUUCAUGGUUUUCAGGAGUCAUCAACCAUCACUGGCUCUGGAGCAGAAAGAGAAGAGGUAGAGCCUCUGAGAUCCCUGUCUUUGUCUCAUGAGCAGAUCUCCACCUCAGAUUAUCAGAGUCCUUCUGCUAGGAGUACUCCAGACUCCACUCCAGAACUGGAGCGCCGUGUGAGAUCGGGAGGGCUCUCUAGGAGUCGCUCUCAGCCUUGUGUACUCAAUGAUAAAAAGAUUGGAAUGAAACGCCGUAGGCCAGAAGAAGUCUUGGAGCAGAGACCAUCCCUUGACCUUGCUAAGAUGACACAAAAUCUCGGAUCAUUUCCAAACAUUACUGGCCAUAACUGCAGCCAGUUGCUUGCCACUAAUGGCACAACAAGACAAAGUGACCUUGACACUGCCUUUUCCUCUGACACUGGACAUAAGGUUGCGCUUCCACAGAGCUGUGAAAAUGGCAAAGAGGAGGACUCUAAACAGGAGCUACAAUAUAGUCCAGCAGAUGGUGGUACCUACGAACAGGCGAUCAGCCAUAUGGAUGAAGUUGAAAGCUGGGACUCACAGAAGAAUGUGUUUCAGUUAGGGGGAGAACUGGACAUUGAACAGAUUGAAAGAAAUUGACUGCCUUACCUUUGGAAAUUUGUCUUUGAAUAUUGGAAGUUGCACAACAUCCUGUAAUGUAGAUGGAAGGGAAAAGUGUUUGGAUACAGAAACUGUCAGCUAAACAAAGAGCUAAUUUUUAUUCCUUGUGAGUGUACCCAUUUUGCAUCAACGUGGAUUUUGCAUCAAGAUCUGCAGAAUGUAAUCUGAAAUUAAGUGCACCACUCUGGAUUGUGAAUACACCAAAGGACUCAAGGUGCUGGACUGUGUAGAAGGUGAAAUUCAGUUGAGUGUUAGAUCACUGAUCAGGAAUAUUGGAAAUAAGGCUGACGGGUAUGCUGAGUGUCAUGUUUGUUAAUGGGCGAGCAGCAGGAUAUGGCUGAAGGAUUUUCAGGAUAACGAAAUUGACUGAACACAGAACUGUAACAGAAAUCAAUAUUAAUUAACUGAGCGGAAGGUUUCAUGUGAAUUGUUGAAUGCUGUGCAUUAACUUUAAACAUGGUACCGCUGAGGGAGAAAGGGUUUAUGAAGAGUAGAGGCAGAAAUACAAAAUAAAAGCUAGAUUUACAAAGCUUACAGAUAAAAGCAAGUUAAGGUGGGGUUUUCGAUUCAUUAUCUCGGGCAUGAAUUAUCCAUGUGAUUGAUGAGUUCAGGCCAUGUCUUCUGGUACAGUUUUGGAAUUUGAGCCCUUUAGAGGUGUAAGAGGCAUUAGAAAACUAGUCAGUGUUUCUUUUUUUAAAUGUCUCUUAUUCACCAAAGGCACAAAAAGUUAAGUUUAAAGAAGUGGGUAAACUGAAUUUUGCAAGAAUCUAAGAUAAUCCAGUGCCUCCACUUGUUUAUAUUAUCCUUAGUAGUGUGCAAAACAUGUAUGGAGUGACCUUUCCAAAAUGAAACUGCAUAGCCACCUGUUGAACCUUCUUUUGCUUAAAGCAAUAUUUCUAUUUUUUUGCUUUUGUUCUUUUCCUACCUCAAGUUCACAACACUGAAGCUUUCGAAGAUAUCAUUUAGGUGUAAAUGUAAGCAGCACAGAAUAGACCGCUAAAGAGUAUAUUGAGUAACAUAGAACAGCAAUAAAACCAGAAUCAGGCUUUUUUUACUGUUGUUUUUUUUUUUUUACUUUUGAAAGCAACAACAAAGAAGUGACUCUUAUAUUUGGAUUUGAUGUUUGACACAGAAAAAGCAUCACAGAAAGAGCUGAAAUGUGGUGCAUUUGUCUAAAUUGCUGUGGACAGGCACUUUAUAAUAAUAAUGGAUACCAUUCAAUUCAGUGUAUUUAUAUAACCUCCUUUUACACUAGUGAGGGAAGCCCAGAUCUUGUUUCCAGUGAAAGGCAUUGGACUAACAGCCUCAUUGCCUUUUAUCUGUAAAUGUAUUACUUGUAAUGUCUUUCACAUACAUAAUGCCCCGACCACUAUUAAUACUCUGUACUGCUUAUUUGAAUUCUUCUUUUCCCCUUUAGUGUUCAUAUUUUGGGUGCAUUUCAAAUGGUUUAGAGUAUUUUUUGCUUGCACCUGCUGUGGAUUUAGGUGCCUGAAGCUACUGCAGAAAGUGGGGUAAUAGAAAAAAAAACAUCUACCAAGUAGGCACAGUAAGGUCUUGGGGCUUGAUGAUAAACUCUCCAUAAAGAUAGUUUGUGGCUCUGUUUGUCGCUCGAGUAAAGGUGUAAUGUCUUUACUAGAACUGCUAAGCGGCCUUAGUUGAUUUGAAAUGUUCAGGUUUCUGUUGCCCUGGAGCAGCAUUGAAGUUGUUGUUCCAGCACUGUUAUUCACCUUUAACUGAUCAGUUUUAGAUACAAUAAAAGAAGGGACUUAAUACCUGGAGACAAACAAUUUGAAACUUUUAAUAAUAGAUUCAAAAAAAUGGUUUCUGUAGGAAUUUUAACUUACUUUGCUCAACCUCUAAGAAAGUUGUAUGGUUUUGCAAAGGAGAGGGAAAAGGGUCUGUUUCUCCUGCAAAUGGGGGAUUUUGAGUUCUUUUUCUUGUACUUCCUGGUUUAUGAUGUCAGACUCCCAACUUUAAUGCUGAUUGAUUGAAGGUGAAUGAUUUUCUUGGAACAACAGUUUUGAUGUUGCUUUAUAAUGAGCCCAGCCUGAUAAUAUCUGGUUCACUCUGUGGCUUUGGCUAUGCCUGGGGUGCAACACCAGCACCUCAGAUUCUAAAUUCUAGCAAUAGGGUAUAACUUAAGUGCAAAACAGGUUAUCCUCUAUGACCACUGUCCAUCUUGUAGAACAAAGCAACCGAUACUUUGUAUUAGCACCCAAAACUGAAGUGGAAAAGAAGCUAUAAAACAACGGAAUGCUAUUUUUAUACAAAACAUGUGAAAGACAUUAUUUUUACUGAAAUUAAUUUUUUAAAAGUAAUGCAGUUGUCCAUGUCACUCUGUGGAGGAUUUAAAGUACUACUUGUUUCUCUCUUUUUUCAAAUUUAGGCAUAUCAAAUCAAAGAUGGAAAGUAAUGAGAUGUUAACUUCAUGAUGUAAGAUGAAGUUAAAAAUGCAGAUUGGAAAGCUUCAAAAACAUUGCUUUGCUAAACUUAAUAAGAUGGUUUAUACAUUUACACUGUAAUCUUAGAGUGGACUGCUCUGCACCUAUGCAAUAGAAGUAAUUUGUAAUUCAGGGACUUUGGGAGUUUUAUUUUUUUACAGUAUGUGCAACUGAACAUAUUAAAACGGCUUUAGGGAACAAAAAGAAAUGCGACUUGACAGCUUAAAAAAGAUUUUAAACUCAACAUGUUAAACAUUUAUCAGAAUUGGGUUUAAUAUGGAAAUAUUUUUCAUAUUCAAUCAAAUCUAUUAGUCAUUCAUUUACAAAAAUGUACUUUCUAUUAAAAGUGAACCGUGUUUUGAAUGCCAGUUUAAAUUGAGGCCACUUUGGUAGAACCAUUGUAGCUAAUUGGGUUAACUGGCUGUUGUCUUCAGACUGGAAAGUUUCCAUUUUCCAGAUGCCUCUAUGCUAUAUCCUUGCAUGAAGGCAUGGCAACAGUGCAUCUAUAUUAGGUUGGGAUGGAAAAUGAAUUUGGGUACUCGCAUACUGUACUUGAACAUUUCUGUUGCCCUUUUACUUAGUAGUUGGCCACAUUUAAAUUUUAUUGUUGAGAAGUUUAAAAACCAUCAAUAAAGUUAAGGCACUAAGUCACUGUUUGAAUGAAUAAACAUAAACAUUCUAUCAGACUAAACAUGUAUCAGAGAUUAGAGUAGUCCUGAGAUAUAGUUUUGCAUAUCAAGAUGUCUGUGAUGGGAUGUUGUGCUGAUUGUUGGUUGCUAUGUCAUAAAUUAUGCAAGUACUCAGCAAGGCAAAAAACUUGGACAUACAUUCAUUGAUUCUGAUUUGAGCAAAAUAAAACAAUUUGACUUUACAUUUUCCAAUUAAUUUUUAAAACAAAAGGUCAACAUUAUUUUAUUAAAAAAAACAAAAACAAAACUUGUUUGUAAACUGCAUAAGUUGAAGUUUCAGAGUGACUCUUCUAGAUCCAUGGAGGGCCAAAGAGGCUGAAUGUGUUUGUUUUUAACUAGUCUCUUAGUCUCUAGUCACUGAUCAGUUCUUGAUUGUAACUUUAGUCUGACUGCUUCUGUGCCUAAUGUUAUGCUUAAUCGAUGAAAUUAGCAUUAACCAAUGGCUUUAUACAUGACAGAAUUGUAUGUUAAUGUUGCAGCAGGUUGGCCCACAUUGCUUUACUUAUUUCUCUGUUCCUUUCUUAACCUUCAGAUAUUUGUUAUUGAACAGACUCAGGUGUGAAUGACAAUGAAUACUAUGUGGCUCCCCAGCAGGGAUCAUACAGAGGGCACAAGAAGCUUUAUGUGUUUGUUGUAACCUGUCUCUUACAGCUCAGAAUUGUUGAUUGUACUUGAACUCUGUUCGUAGUCUGAUUUGUGCUUUUCCUAUUUUUGUGCUUGAUAUAUGAAUUUAGAAUUAACUGGUGGUUUGAAAUUUUACAAUACUGUUUAUUAAUUUUGAAAUAACGUCAAGCGGGUGUAUUUCCCCUGUAGAGUUUACUUAUAUUUUUAAAUAUUCAGGUAAAUAUUCCACUGAAUAUGCUCAGGUGUGAGUGUGUGUGAAUGUAUGGGUUGCUCUGCAGGAAUCAUUGCAAAGUGUUAUUCUGUGUUUAAAAAUUCAUAGGCAAAGAUUGUGCAUGAUGAGCACAUGAAACAGACAGAAUACACCUCUAUGAACUAAAAUUCUUGGAAACAAACUCAGGUAAAUUAAAUGUCAUAGAAAAACAGAGCCUGAACUGUGAACCCAUUCAGAGUCCUCAGUCUGACUUUAGAAAAUGACAAAGUGAAAGUCUAAAGACCCACAGUUUAGUGUCGUAAGAUGAAAACUUGCAUCUUUAGAGGCCCUCCAUGAGUUGAGUAGUUGCUCGCUAAAAGUUUUAGAUUUUUUAGGAAGAAGCCACUAAUUUUUUUUUUAAUUUAGAGCAAGCUAUGAGCUAGCACAUGGUGAAAACUACUGUGCAUACGCAUCACCCCACCACCACCGCCAGGGACACAUCAUCCUUAAUAGUCCUACAGAAAUUUAGUUAGAUUUCUUUGAUUUAUUUCUCAGUGAUGGUAAGCUAAAUUUUGUGGACUAAGAUUCAACAGAAUAUAGCAUAUGGGCAUAAACUACCUUUGUGUCUGCAUAAUAGGAAUUGAUAUGAAGUUCAUUUUAAACAAGUUUAUUAAGAAUGAAUAAAAGUUCAUGAAAUUGUUUAUUUAAAAAAGAGUGUUUCAUUUACAUUGGUACAGACUUUAACCUGGGCUGCUGUCAAUGGCCUGUUUAGAUAAUAAUACCUCUUCUUUUUAUCAUUACUUUUUUUUCCCCAAACCAUUUUUACUUUAUUACUGUUCACCUCUAGGAUCUGUUUGCCUGACUGUAUAGACUUGUUGUAAUUCUAAUCAUUCUUGAGAUUCAUAACUUAGGAUUGGCCUCAAACUUGAGUUCAGCUGAAUUAGCAAGUUAGUGGCCAGCUGGUGAACUAAAUUUCAAGUUAAAAAACGUACAGAAAACAAAAGAGGACAGGUGAUUUUUAUGAUAUCUUUUAAUGUCUUGAAUGCACAAAGACUCCCAAGUGCCCUUUGAAGACGCUGCUGCUGAUGCUGACAGUAUAUUUCAGAAGUGAAAAGCUAAAAAUGAAAGCAGCCCACUAAAGCAGCCUUGAGAACCCCACCUAUGUAUGUUUUCUCUCAGCCUAAAAAUAAAAUGUUUUGAAAUACAUGAA